GCUAUGUCUAGCGUGUUCUUUAUUUUAACGACACUCACUGCUCGUGUGUGUUUUUUCACUUUAACUCGUUUUCCAGCUCUCUCACUCCUCACUUCUGUCGUCUCUGCAAAAACUCUCUAUUUCUCUUUCGCCGGAGAUAAUGGGAGAAGGGAAGGCCUCCACUCUGGUUUUCAUCCUCGUCGUCGCUCUUAGUUUAGUAGCCUUCGGCUUCUCCAUCGCCGCCGAGCGCCGCCGCAGCAUCGGGAAAUCUAUUCAAGACCCAAUAACAAACACAACGUUCUGCGUUUAUGACUCUGAUGUAGCCACUGGUUAUGGAGUUGGAGCUUUCCUUUUCCUCCUCUCUAGUGAAUCAUUGCUUAUGAGUGUUACCAAAUGCAUGUGUUUUGGAAGACCCUUAGCCCCUGGAAGUGACCGUGCUUGGUCUAUUAUCUAUUUCAUCUCUUCGUGGAUGACAUUUCUGGUAGCAGAAGCUUGUGUAAUAGCAGGAGCGACCAAGAACGCAUACCACACAAAGUACUUAAGUUCGCAAACCUUUUCGUGUGCAUCAUUGCGUAAAGGAAUUUUCAUUGCAGGUGCAGUCUUUAUAGUUGCUACUAUGGUUCUUAAUGUCUACUACUACAUGUAUUUUACCAAGUCCGUCUCUUCGCCGCCUGCUCACAAAGCCAACCGCUCUAGUUCCAAUAUUGGUAUGGCGGGUUAUGCAUAAAUGUCAAAAAGAGGAAAUGGUUAGUCAUUUGCAUUGUAGAUGUAAGAAAGGAAAGAGAUUGUUGCAUUGUUACAACACUUGGUUACUCUUAUAUCUUUUGCUUAUAUAUCUCUUACUUAUUUAUGAAAAUUUUCGCUAUUUGCUCUCAAUUCAAUAGGCAACUUUCGGUCAUAAGUAAUGGAUGUUUGUAUUGACUAGAUUUGUCAUAAUCAUUGUUAUUUAAC